GAAAAGGGUAGAUGUCGCUCGUGUACAGCAAAUUUAAAAAGGAGGUCAAAGGUGACAUCCGCAAGGAAGGCGGAGCCAGCGAAGGUUCUGUCAUUCUGUCAACAAAAAUAGUGAGAAUUCUGACUGCAUCAACAAUAUUAUAAUUGAAAGAUGUAUAUUUGAAAAAAGAAAAGUGAAUCACUGGUAGACCCGGAAGAAAUUGUUACGUUGCCUAAAGAUUGUCCGAAAAGACUUUGCAAUUCUACUGCAAAUUGCAGAAUGGAUAGAGAGUGCCAGUUGCAAAGACAGGAUGUUAAGAUGGAACUUCCCAUUACCAAGCCUGUUGAAAGUCUGUUCCUAGACCUGGAACAUUCUGCUGCGCAGGUUGGUGGCAGGGUUUUCUACUGUAAGUUAUGCUCCUUGGAGAGCACGCGAGCUCGAACUCACACCCUCUUAUCACUUGAAGAAGGAGUGAAACAUCUUCAGAACCACUGGAGACCUCCGAAACAAAAGCGAGGGCCUCCGAUACGCAAGAACAAAGUCCCACCAGAGCUGUACUAUAGAAAACAGGCUGUGAAUGUAGAGGAGGAUAUAACGUUGUUAGCGAAGCUUUAUCUCGGAUUCAAGGUGCAGGAGCGAAAGCCGUACAGGUGUGGUCUCUGCGGGGAGGGUUUUGCUACCACGAGCGACAGGUACCACCACGUGGGAGAGGAGCACGUGGAAGCCACCGCGCCGCUCUUGUGCUGCGGCGCCUCAUUCCAGAACCGCGAGAAGUACAUCCAACACAUGUUCUUCAAACACUGCGAACUCAGGAGGCCAGCCGAGAAAGAAAGCUUCUUUGUCUGUGACCUGUGCUUUGUCGCUUUCUAUAACAGGACGGACUUAGAGUGGCACUUUUAUCGGCAUAAUCAGCACGUGGCUAAUCCGAUAGGGGAGGAGGAUGACGGACAUUUCUCUUCGCGGUCACAGUUCUUCCGCUGUUCUCUCUGCUCCGACCAGUGCGUCUUGUCAAGACGAAAGCCUCCAGUACUGUACACGCUGUCGGAGUCGUUCAACCAUCUCGCUUGGCACUGGCUGUACCAGCUCCCGCCUGAAAUACGACAGAAUCCCGUUCUCGUGUUCGAAGAUGACGCGGACGUCAUCCACAGACUGUACAUGGAGGCAGUGGGGAUUCGCGAGUGGCGCUGCGGUCUGUGCCCGCUACAGCUCAACAAGGAACACGUGCUAAACUACCACUCGGAGGCACGGAGGGCGUUCAGAUGUGAAGGGGUGACCUGUAAGAACACGUUACAGUUUGCGAAGCUGGAAGACUUUGUCGGACACAUCUUCAUGCGGCACACGCGGGUACUGAAGCUAGAGGAGAGGUUUCUUUGCUUAAUCUGUGACGGGAAGUUUGAGAACAGGAACCAGAUGAAGUGGCACUGUUACAUCCACAAUGUUGCAAGACAGGUGGCCUCAUAGUUUUGUAGAAUAAUGUAAUAAGGUGCAUACAAAUUCAGGGCUCAAAUUCUGCACCUUAGUACAUGUAAAUGUAACACUGGGGCUGCGCAAGUACCGGUAUUUCUGAUGUCUACCUGAACCCCAUCUGCAAGUGGCCAUGGGUUUACAUAUACAUUUUGUACAUGUACACUGUAGGUGUAUGUGGAUUUUUAUUGGCUGCAUUGAUUGCUGCCACCUAUUAAGUAUAAAAGAAAUAGUGAGCAACGGUUUCUGAUUCUCUGAAUAGCUUUUAGUAUGAUGCAUGUAUUGAAAUUAUGAAGGUAAAAUUUGUCUGGUGCAGGUAAUUUUCAAUGUUACCUGCAUCAGUGCAGCCGUACAGAAAAAAAAAAAGUAUUUCAAGUCCAGAAAUCAAUAAUGUACUUAUUUAUCCAUGUGUAUACAACUAACGUUACUAGUAUACAUAAUGCACUCUGUAUAGAUAGUUUAGGUUACGUCUAUGAAAUACCAAUAUUUAUCUCUUUAUUACACGCAGGUAUUUAUUUAUCACGUAUUAUGGUUAAUACUGUUAGUACUUCUGGAGAGGGUUAUCUAAAAUAAACUUAGGUAAUUACAUGUAUAAGAUUUAAAAUUGUAGAGGCAAUUGGUAGAUAGCUUUUAAUGAUGUCAAGAAUUUGUUAAGAUUGAAGAUACUAACAGAAUCCUUACUACCCUUUUCAUAAUGAUAAAAGUUCUAUAUGUAACCUUGUAAAAUGAUAACACCAGUAUCAAUGACACUAACCUCUGCAUGUACGUGUACGAUUAACAUUUACGGUAGAUCAGGACAAAAAAGUAUUUUAAAAAAGUGUAAAUCAGUGAUAGAAACUACAAGAGAGCAACAGCAAAAUCAAUCAUUCUUUCCAAGACAUCACAUUUUAUUGAAAAAGGUUGUUCUUUCUUGCCAUUUCAGUGAAAGUAAAGUUGAAGGAACACCACAGUGUGAUUUAAGACAAUUCCUAGGUGAAAGUAUUACUACGAUAUGAAACAGAAGUCUGAAAUACCACGAAAGUAUUAUCAUUCUUAGAGAUAAUUUUUAUGAAGAUACAUUGUAUACAUGUAUUGAGUUAUUUCUGUGCUGAAGUCACUUAAGUGUAAAUGGACAAUUCCUGUGCAAAAAAGCUUAUUUCAGUUUUAUUUGAAGAAAACAUAUAUAGCAUAACUCACAGCAUUAGUAUUUAACCUAACAUGUAUUUUGUCCCCUUUUCUGCUAUCAAGUCUUGAGCUGUACAGGUUGCACAGGAAUUGUCUAUGUAAAAGCAAGAAGGAAGGGGGGGGGGGGCAGGCAUGUCUUACUUGUGUCACAAUGAAAUCAAAUUAUCAAUAAUUACACAGCUUGUCUUGAAACAUCUUCAGAUAAAUUCAUUACAUCAUCUGUUGGGUUCAACUCAGGCUAGCCAACCAUCCCAGAACGGACGUAUUUAAAGAGAUCUUCCUAGAAAUCAUCACAGAAUGUAAUCUACAGUAUUAUCAUCAAAUAAAGUAGGAGCCUCUUACUAGCUUUACUAGCAGUUGGACUUAGAUAUACAUUGCUAAGGUGUGCCUGUGAAGC